GCAGCUGCGCGAGCUCUGACUGUUAGUUUCUUCAGUAGCUAUCAUGGAUCAAUCGAUCAUAUUGUUGAGGAUCUGGUCGAGGGUGGGACACUAAAGACAGAGUGAAUAGGCCUCUGCAUCCAACAGCCUGGCCAUGUCCAAACUGGCUGGCUUGUCUUCCAAGAAGAGCCGAUGGCUCUUGCAAUCCUUGCUCGACCAGCAGCGACACUCCCUGGGCACUGGGUUUGAGAGUGCCAACAUCCUCCUCUCGCCCAAAUACCACCUCAAAGACAAGGAUCUGAGAAAGAUUCACAAGGCUGCGAGUGUCGGGGAUGCAGCCAGAGUUCAGCAGCUCCUGCUUGGGAAAUGCUGCGUGAACGACAAAGACAAGAAGAAGAGGACUGCCCUCCACAUCGCCUGUGCUUACGGCUACCCAAAGGUGGUGAUGGCCCUGAUAGAAGGAAGGUGUGAGAUCAAUGCCACAGACAGUGAGGAGUGUACAAGUCUGGUGAAGGCUGUGCAGUGUCAGGAAGAGGAAUGUGCUACCAUUCUCCUGGAGAAUGGUGCUGACCCAAACAUUGUGGAUGCCCAGGGCAACAGUGCUCUCCACUAUGCUGUCUAUUAUAAGAAUACAUCACUGGCUGCAAAACUGCUUGACUGUGAAGUGAAUAUUGAAGUGACAAAUAAGGGUGGUUUCACGCCAUUUUUACUGGCUGUCAGUGAAAACAAACUGAAGAUAGCAAAAUUCUUAUUAAUGAAGAAUGCUAAUAUACAUGCAGUUGAUAACCAGAAAAGAACAGCCCUUAUGCAUGCUGUAAGUCAUGACUCAACAAACCUAGUCAGAUUUGUUCUUCAACAAGGUGUAGACCUCUUUUUGAAAGAUGCCUUUGGACUGACUGCAAUCGAUUAUGCUGCUGAUUUUAAAUAUAAUAGCAAUAUGAAAAUCCUUCUCGAAUAUAAAGAAAAGAGAUAUGAGGAGUCUGCAAGAGUUAACCUAGUGGAGAAAAGCUCUGAGGAUGACUCUACGGGAAGGAAGGACCAACAGAGUCGGGAACUGGAAAACAUGGAAAAGGAAGAAUUGACAGAGCCAGGAACUAGAACAGAAGAACAAGCAGAGCCAUAUGGAAGAGUGACGUCAGUGGAGGAACCGAGGAGGCUCAAUGGCAGAGGAGAUGACCAGCCUCAGGAAGGAGCAACAGCGUCAAAGACUAGAGAAGAGCAAGACGUGACAUGCACACUCGCUACAGGAAAAGAGGAUGUCGACGACUCAUCUUGGGAUUCUGAGAGUGUCUCUGAGAAUCUCCCACUUAUUCGCAUUGGUGUUGAUGGACUAUUACAAGUAAAUGGACAAGCAGUAGAAAACCCAGAGAAAUAUCUUCAUUGGCUGCCGAACAGAAAAAGGGAGGAAUCUGUCCCUAAUCAAACAAAAGGAGUCAGGGAUUUGCAGGCAUUUCCACCAGCAGAACCAUGUUUAGAAUUGACGUCAGAGGAAAAGCACCAAGAACUCUCCAGAAAUGAAGAUGACCAGCAUCCGGCAGGGGACACAACUGACUUCCAUCUCUCCAGCAAAGGCGCAGCAGAGAAAGGGCAGAUGCAGAGCCAAGAGGGAUGCAAACAAAGAACUGGAAGAGAGGGACACAUGCUCCCAGGAGAUGCUGUUCUAUGCCAACUCCAUGAAGACCUUGUCGUGAGUCAGGUGAUUGAAGAAGGACAGAAGCAGGAAUGGAGUGAAUGGGCCGCAUCAGAGAACCUGGGAGAAGCUCCUCUUGACCACAGUGACCUCCGAUCUCCUCUAACCCGGAUGAAUGGGAAGCCUGGAGCCCAGCAGUCUCCCAGUGUAGACAGCAAAGAACAGGAUGGUAGUUCUGGCUUGAAUAUAAAAGAAGAAAAGAAAAGAAAACAUAAAGAGUGGUCUAGAGAUUUUGUAAAUGAACUGACAUCUGAGGAGUCUGAGUCAGUGGCUAGUGAUAUCCUGCCAGUGAAGGAUUCUUGGAGUUUAAAUGACACAGAUCCGAAUAAAGGAAGGUCUGCAAAGAAAAAAUCGAAGCAAAAGCACAAGGUCAGAGGAGAAAUGAAUGCUAUGGAAGAUGCUGAUGACCAAACUCAGCCAUUUGAGUCAUCCUCACAAAACGACCGGUGUUCUAACAUACAGCAAACAAAAAUGGAAAAUGAGCCUUGUGAGCUACUCUCAAGACAAACUGGAACCAUGCAAGGCAGUGUAGCAGAAGGAGGGGUGCUGAAGACGGAGCCAGUGAGAUCAAGAGUUGCAUUAAAAGAAAAAAAAGAGAAGGGAGAAGGUGAAAGGGUGACUAUACAGUUACCAGGAAGAGAUGAGCUUUAUCCUGAAGACACUGAAAGGCAACAGCAUGACAUGGCUCUAAGGAUGCUGCACCUGAAAGUAAAACAGACCUUGAAGCAGUUGCAAGAAGCACAGGAUCGACAAAGAGAAGUUGUUCAGAGUUGGCAGAGGAUGCAGGACCACUUACAGAAGCUUCAGGCCAGAUGUUCUGAGGCAGAAGUUAUGGUACAAGAGCAAGGAGAGAAAACUGCAGAGCUUCAGAAGCUACACGCAGGCUUGGCUAGAGUCAAAAAGGAACGGCUAAAGAAACUCAACAAAAUCACACUCUCUCUGAAGUGCUCUCUGGAUCAGACGAAGGAUAAAAAUGAAGACUUGGAGAGGGAGCUCACUGAAAUAAAGAAACACUUAGGAGUAAUGAGAAAGAAAUUGAAUGACCAUGAAAAUGGAGAAUUUAGUUGCCAAGGAGAUUUAAAAACUAAAGAACAUGACAUGAAUGUUUCAGUGGAUAUGUUAAAAAAUGAGAUCCAUGAAUUGAAAGAAAAAUGGGGAACUAUAACCUCCAAAUAUCUACCUCUGAAUAUACAAUUUAAAUACAUUGAGCAGGAGUUGUUAUCCAUAAAAGUAGCCCAAAAGCAAUACGAGAAGCUGCAGGAGGCUCAGAAGAGUCUGCAAAGGGACGCACUAGACCUGCAGUGCCAGCUUCGAGAGAACAUGGCAAAACUAGAAGAUAAAAAGCAUGCAUCGGCAUUAAGAGACAGUAAUAAUGACUCGGUAAUGAGUCAAAUGGAACUCAGGAUUAAAGACCUUGAGUCUGAGCUUGAGAAACUGGAAGCUGAGAAAGAGUCCAAUGCGAGAAAGGUGGAGAAAUACCAGCAGCGCUGUGUCAGAGAGCGGGAGCUCAGCAAGAUGCUGUCACAUAAGCUCAUCAACACUAAUAACAAACUAAGCAAAGUCAGGACAGACAUUUUGCUGGUGACAGAAUGGAACAGAACUGUACAGAACACUCUUACUACAAGGCCUGUCUCCAAAGGUCCUGGUGUCACCCAGCAUGGUACUUAUGUAAACCGCAACCCUAACUUCAUUGCAAGCAGAAACCCAGAGCCUGCCAUAUCCAGCCCUCAGCCUUCUCCUGAGCUUAUGCAGAGGAGUCUACUCAAGGUAAGAAUCUUCUGUAAAGCUGCAUGGAAUCCCCAUGAGCCCUGGAGAUGCACACUGGUUAGCAUUUGCUCAACUUGACACAGCGAGGGUCAUCUGGGAAGAGGAACCUGAGAAAAUGUCUGCAUCUAAUGGUCUGCAAGCAAGUUUAUGGGGCAUCUUCUUAAUGAUUAAUGGGGGCAGUCCCAGCCCACUGUGAGCAGUCCCACCCCUGAGCAAGUGGACCUGGAUAGUAUAAUAAAGUAAGCAGAGCAAGUCA